AAUUAUCCACAUUGUUUUGUUGGAAUAAAAAAUAAAAAUAAAAAUUCACUGUAACUCAAGCUCUGUAUAGUCUCCAGAGAGUACUCUCUUUGUCUGAGUUGUCUCUGCUCUCUCCCAUGAGGGGAACUUAGGGUUUGGUUUGUCUCUCUUUCUCCCCUUAAUUCUUCAAAAGCUUCUUCUUUUUCACCAUUUUGAAGGAAAAAAGUCUGCAACUUUUUCCUGUAAAACCCUGAUCUUGACCUUAGCUGAAAAACCCUAGCUUUCCCAUGGCAAAAACAAGACCAGGGCUCUCUGCUACCAAGCCUAAACCAGGGAAGAAGGACCUUGACUCUUACACCAUCAGAGGCACCAACAAAGUUGUCAGAGCUGGGGAUUGUGUUCUGAUGCGUCCUUCGGACACCGGUAAGCCCCCGUAUGUGGCACAAAUUGAGAAAAUUGAAGUGGAUAGCAGGAAUAAUGUGAAGGUUCGAGUGCGGUGGUAUUAUCGUCCUGAGGAGUCCCUUGGAGGAAGGAGGCAGUUCCAUGGAGUGAAGGAGCUGUUUUUGUCUGACCACUAUGAUGUGCAGAGUGCUCACACCAUUGAAGGGAAGUGUAUUGUUCAUUCUUUCAAGAACUAUACUAAGCUUGAGAAUGUUGGUGCUGAGGAUUACUAUUGUAGAUUCGAGUAUAAAGCUGCUACUGGAGCCUUUACACCUGACCGAGUUGCUGUGUACUGCAAAUGUGAGAUGCCAUACAACCCUGAUGAUCUUAUGGUGCAAUGUGAGGGCUGCAAGGACUGGUAUCAUCCUGCUUGUGUGGGCAUGACAAUUGAAGAAGCCAAAAAGUUGGAUCACUUCGUGUGUUCUGAAUGUUCAGAGGAUGAUGUCAAAAGAUCACAGAAUGGAUUUCAUGCAUCGCCAGCAUCUGAUGCCAAGGUGGAGCCCAAACGAAGGAAGAGAUAAGUGAACAAUGGGGAAAUUUUGUUGCAUGAGAGGAGAAGACUCCUUAUGCAGGUUUAGCUUGUAGCCUGUUGUUGUGUGAGUUGUAUAGUGCAGGAGUUUGUGUGCUUUGCCCAAACUGGUGGCUGUUAGUAACUUAUGUGAUGGAGAGAUCUGUAUCUGUGUUAGGUUUAGGAGAUUAAGUCUGUGCAGGAGGAUUGAUCUGUAGUUCUCUCAUGUUGAACCAAUAUUUCCAGUGGAAAAACUUUCAAGUACCACCUUUCCUAUC